AAGAUAAUAAUUACGACACAAUAAAAAAAAAAAUUUCAAAACCUCACUUACACAUUGCAAAUGCUCCGGCGCAUAAAUCGCUCCUCUCAUGUGCUCUCUCUCUCUCUCCCCCCUUCUGGAUUGUAUAUAUAUACCAAUACAACCCUCACCAUCUCAUGUCUCUUAUAUCAUACACAUUUGACAUAUCAAUGGGAAAUUGCCUGAGACACGACAAUGGCCUCGCUGGAGAAGAGGUAGACGAUCUUGAGCCUGAGCCGCUGAUUAAGUUAUUAGAAGAAGGCAAAGCGAGUAUCAGUGGGAAAGAAGAAAGUGAAAGAUCAACGGAAGGAUCAGAAUCUAAGGUGGUAAGGAUAAAAGUUACGGUGACAAAAGAAGAACUUAGACAAAUCUUGGGUCACAAGAAAGGUAUCAACUCCAUUCAACACUUAGUUCAUGUUCUCAAAGAUAGUGGCAGAAACAUCUCCAGGGCUGAUGAUCAAGAGGAACCAACUGAUGAAAAUUGGAGGCCUUCGUUAGAAAGCAUUCCAGAGAGUGAGAAUCAUUACUGAAAUUUAUCAUACAUAUUUAACUAAAUCCAAUUUCUCCAGUACUUUUUGACUCUUUUUUUUCCCAAGAUGACUUUUUAUUUUCUUGUCUGAUUGGUACUUUUUAACCAAUGUUGUCUCAUAAACAUUUUGGUUUUUUCUUUU